GGAAAGUUAGCAGCAAACAGCAGCACUGACUCCGUGUACAACGCUGCAUUCUUGGGCACUGACUUAUGAUACCGCACAGGCAGCAAGGCACGACAGACGCAGCUCUGCUGAGGACCGGUUAGCUCUCGGUGUACAGAGAAGAACCGCUGCUCGAGUAAACGAUGAAUAUAUCAUGAUAAACACACAAAGACGCACAUCUACACUGGAUAAACAUGGAGAAGAUCGUCUGGUGGCUGUUUCUGGUGGCUACUGUUCGUCUCGCGUUAUCAGCCUCAAAUUCUCUGCAGUACCAUUAUACCACAAUCACACCAGGACUACAUUUCCCAGAGUUCAUUUCCGUGGGUCUGGUGGAUGGAGAGCAGUUUGUUUACUAUGACAGUAACAUCAGGAAGAAGAUCCCAAAGACUGAGUGGAUGGAGAAGAAUGAGGGUGAAGAUUACUGGAAUGAAGAGACACAGAGCAGUCAGGAUCAUCAGGAUAGGUUCAGACAUGAUGUGGUUAAUCUAAUGAAGCGCUUCAACCAGACUGGAGGAGUUCACACACUGCAGCAGAUGUACGGCUGUGAGCUGGAUGAUGAUGGCACUAUUAGAGGAUUCUGGCUGUACGGUUGUGAUGGAGAAGACUUCAUCAGUCUGAAUCUGAACACUGAAACCUGGACUGCAGCUCAUCCUAAAGCUGUUAUUACCAAAAGGAGGUGGGAGAGUGAAGAUAAAGCUCCUCAUGUUAAAGCCUACCUGGAGAAUGAAUGCACUGCAUGGUUACAGAAGUAUGUGGGUUACAGCAGAUCCAGUCUGGAGAGGAAAGUCUCUCCUGAGGCGUCUCUGUUCCAGAAGGACUCUUCUUCUCCAGUGGUGUGUCAUGCUACAGGUUUCUUCCCCAAAGCAGUGAUGAUCUCCUGGCAGAAGAAUGGAGAGGAUCUGCAUGAGGACGUGGAGCUCAGAGACGCUACCCAACCAGGAUGGAACCUUCCAGAGGAGGAGCGUUCUGACUGUCUCACCUGAGGAGCUGAACAAACACGACUACACCUGCAUCAUUCAGCACAGCAGCCUGGAGAAGAAGGUGGUGCUGCAGGUGUCUGAACGCAGAGGUGGAGGAUCUGCGGACACCACUGCUGGAGAUUAUCGGUUCAAUACUGGAAUUGCAGUCAUAGUUGUUCUUGUACUUCUCCUUAUCGUUGUUGCUGGAGUGUUUGUGUGGAGGAGGUGGAGGAGGAGGAGGAGACCUGGCUUCUAGCCUGUAACAGGAGACCACAGUGACCCCUCUAAUGGAGAAGAAUCAUCUACCAUCGUGUAAAGAGAGACUCACACUGGUUUGAGGCUGAGGCUGAGGCUGAUGCUUCAGUGAAGACUGACCAGUCCAGCACUGUCUGGAAUGGAAACUGCUCUAUCUCAGACAGAUAAACAAUGCAGCUUCAGUGAAGACUGACCAGUCCAUCACAUUUUCUUCCAUACCAUUAUGCGCGCGCACACACACACACACACACACACACAUUCGUGUAAUUGCCCCAAAGUGAGGACUGGGUAAAAGCCCAGGGAGACUGAGGACCAUGGUUUCUGCUGCAUCUAGAGACGAGCUGUUGAGUGUUGAGCCACUAGAUGUCGCCCACAUGCGGGGUGUCACUUGAAAUUGAGUGAAUAGUAGAAUUACCGAAAAAGUUUUGUACCGCUAAACUGAGGACCGCUGGGCUCAAACAACAUCAUCUGAAUGGAAUCUGACUUUUAAACGCCCAGCGCCUCCAACUACUGCAGUACAUUAUUUUAAUCAGACUGUGUUCGGGAACUGACUUUAAUAGUCCUGUGUUUCCAGAUUAAAUAAUAAAAGUCAUGGCUAAGAGUGAUUAUUAAACACCUCACGGAUUUUGCAGGACUUUUGUGCUUUAGCGAUUAGCAUAGCGAGCGCUUAGAGCCGCCAUUACCGCCAGAGCCUGUGGAGUAGAAGGAGCCCGCCUACAAGGCUGUCUGACCAAUAGUGGCUAAGCAGCGGAGGCUCUAGCCAAUCAGGUUCUAGACCGUUCCGUACGGACGAGUAAGGAGUCCGCUCUGCUGCCCGAGCGCCGCCCCCAAACAGAACCACCGUUUCUGACUGGCUGAAACCUCCGUCAGUUAAAACACCGAGCUUUGCCCGCGAUGGACUGAGAUUCACCCCCGAAUCAAUAGAAGUACAUUAUCAGUACAGCAACAGUGACGCCACACGAAACAACUCGCUCAGAAAACGACAACCGGCUGCUAAACGAGUUUAAAAUGCGGAGACACAGCAACACAAC